ACCGCUGCUCCUGCCAUUGGGCGCCAUGGCAAGUGCAAUUGCUGCAUCUUUGUCCAGGAUCGCAGGAGCUGAGGAGGAUGGGGAAGCACGAAUGCCCUUGAGUGCGCUCUUCAAAGAAGCUCAACUACGCCCUUUGGACGAGCUUGUGGAGCAGAUCCGUCCAAUGGUCUCCAGUGACCUGGAUGUGUCCGUCCGCAUGGCACGACGCAAGGCCGAAGAGCUUCAAGAGGAGUUUCCCAACUUGACGGAGGAUGAGCGUGCGAUGCUCACACUUUACACUAUAGAGAUGUUUCCCAAGGAACGUUCUUUGUACUUUGUGAUGAACCAAGCCCUCAGGGCACUGGAUCGAAAAGCCGUGCAGCCAUGGCGUGAUAUGAUUUGGUUGCUACUCACUGCCAUGAGAAAGCUCCCCAGAGUGGAGGAGAGAAUUGUCCAGAGAGGAGUGAUCGUCCACAGCAGCAAACUAGGAAAGCAAGCGAAGACAGGAAAACAGUUCCUUUGGGCAGGCUUCAGCAGCACUACAACACACGUGGAGUCAUUGCAGUCUUUCCUUGGCCAAGACGGCGAUCGGACCAAGUGGCUUCUACAACUGCGGCCCAACGUCCAUGGCGUGAGCCUCCAGCCAUUUUCGCUGCACCCGGGCGAGAACGAGAUUUUGCUCCCACCCAACAUGGAGUUCCGAGUGAUGUCGGUCAUUGAUUUGGGGCAUGGGCUGACUGAAGUGCAGUGUGAGCAAAUCGAAGAGCUGGACCCGCUCAUGGACUUUUCCGAGGCUGGAAGAUAA